AUGAUUGUAAUUCUGCUGAUGAAUAUGUUGAUGGUAUUAUACAGUGGCGGCCAAGAAUCGGAGCCCCCAGCCCUUCCACCAGAGCUUCCACUUGCACCUGAAAGAAAUCUGAACAAUAUCACAUUCUUCAAUGGGGUCUUUCAAAAUGUGGACAGCGUUGCAUUGUUUUUUGACUGCCUGGGUUCUCACUUCACUUGGCUCCAGGCCAUAUUCACUAACUUCCCUGCGCUGCUCCAUUUCGUGAACAAAAUGAGGUGUGUAACUGGACUUUGCCCCAGGGAUUUCGAAGACUAUGGCUGCUCUUGCCGGUUCGAGAUGGAAGGGCUCCCUGUGGAUGAAGCGGACAGCUGCUGUUUCCAGCACCGCAAAUGCUACGAAGAAGCCAUGGAGCUGGAGUGCUCCUGGGACCCUGCCAAGAUUUCUAUGGACAUCAGCUGUCUUACCAAAAACAUUACCUGUGAGUCUGGGGAUCCUUGUGAACGGCUUCUCUGCAAUUGUGACAAAGCGGCUAUUGAGUGUUUUGUCAAUUCACACGUUAACUCUUCCUUGAACGGCCUGGAUGUCUCCUUCUGUCCAGCUCAGGUUACAGAAACAACUAGCAAGAAAGGAUUGACAACACUUCAUGUGGAGGAGCUUCUUUACCACAAGGGUGAUAAACCACUGCUGACAACUACUUCCAUGACAGAAGGAAGUCCACCUGCGGCCAGCAAUACCAGCUUGAAAACCCCCACUUCUGAGUUAUCCUGCUAUUUCUCCUUCUUGCUUUUCUUUUUCUCCCCAUCAGUUCAGAGGGGGCAGGAAGGCGAUUUAAUUGUAAGUGUACCUUCAGAAGUUACAGAGGAUGCUUUCCCGAUGGAAGGGCCAACCAGAGCCACAGCCGGUAUUAACUCAACAGGGCCAGACGUGAUCCCCACUGAAAACGAUCCCACCACGACAACAGAACAAGAGACAAGCUUUAAGAUAGGAGAAGCGAGCACAGCUUCCUCUGCGAUAUCCCCAGAAGUGACGCUCGCUGAGAGGGGGCCUGAUGAAGCUAUCAGACAAGUCUGUGACAGAUUCACCUUUCUGCAAAUGAGAGGGAAUGGAAAGGUGAAGCAGGAGCUGCUUCAGCUAGGAGAAAUGCUGUUUUGCUUGACUGAUCGAUGCCCACAGGAAUUUGAAUCUUAUGGUUGCUACUGUGGCCAAGAAGGAAGAGGUUAUCCUACAGAUGUACUGGACAGGUGCUGUUUUUCCCAUCAAUGCUGUAUGGAACAAGUUAAAAAACUCGGGUGCCAGACAGAGGGAAGUUUGAGAUCUGAAGUUGUAUGUUUAGAUCAUAAACCAAAGUGCAUUGGCUGGAGCAUGUGCGAGAAGCUACUGUGUACCUGUGAUAAGACAGCUGCUGAGUGUAUGGCUGCCGCCUCUUUCAAUGAAAGCUUGAGGUUUCUAACCAGGCGAGCAUGCCAAGAGAAUACAGUCUCAUGUCGGAGCGGAACAGCUGAAAGGCCUGCAGGUGACGCUGGAGUAGGCACCAGAACCUCCAGCUCUGAGGAGAGCAGCGAGGAGGCAGGUCCAUGGAGGAGUGCUUUAAGAAGAAUAAAGAGAGCUGCACGCCAUCCCCGGGGAAAAGCCAGAGCCAUGCCACAGGAGAGAUAGCCAAGUCUCUAUAUCCAACUGGGAAGUGGCAUGGAGGGUGCCACCAUCAACCGCUGCGUGUCCUAUUUUAUCUUAUCUUUGUAAAGUCUCUUCUACAUUUUCUUACAUACCCCAGAUUGAAUUACAGACUAGGUAACGGGUUAUAUACGUUAGGAUAUAGAACUCUGUUCUACAGGGAAAUGUGCCCUAAGGACCAUUUCCAUCUGUCUUACAUGAUUAUUUGAAAGUAUCCAGUAGUUUUGUUCAGCUGUUUUGUAAAGACCCCUCUGUCAGGUGACUGAUUUUUGCUAACACCUCCGGCACUUGGUUACAAUUUAUUUUGUUUUGUAUUGGAAAUGAGAUGUGUCUCACUGGAAACAAACACACACACACACACACACACAAUUGAAGGGUUGGAAUUAGAAUUUGAUACAUUUUCAUAUUACAUGCCACUAUGUGUGUAGUUAAUGCAGAACUCCUCCAUGAUUGUAAAAUACUAAGCUUCAGAUCCAUGCUAUACUAGUUGCGUACCUAUGGUAACACUUUCUGGCCAAUAUCCUUCUUGAAUAUUCAGGGAUGGGGUGGGAGGAGAUGAGGAAAAUCUGUCAGACACGUCUCCAAAAAAAUGAGUAGAUGUCUGCAGUACCUCUACAGAGGUCACCCAUCCAGGCUUCAAGGUGUCACAGAGCACAUGUUCUCCCUUCAACGACAUGGAGCCCCUUCCUAUUACAUCUUUGGCCAGCUGAGGCCUUAGUUUCCGGUCUAUCCCCAUUCGCUGUGAAUUUUCUUGCCCGGCCUCCUACUGGCUCUGCAUGUCAACGGGCAAUUGUAACAUGCUGCAGAGUUUUAUAGGUCUCCAAUUUCCCUUUUGUAUAUUAUGUAGACAGGGAGCACAGUGGCAUCUUCUGAUCAGAACUCACGCACGGGGGCCAAAUGAGGUGGGGAAGCCUGCAUUUCUACUGGCCAUGCUGUGACUGUUCUUUGGAGAAACAAACUUCAGCUUCCAGGAAUAUGGCAUGAUGCCAACAGUACUAAUUUAAUAGAUUGCUCAAAUUAAACUACAUUUUUCCUUCCUGUGGCCCACUGUCACGCUUCCCUUAUGCCAUCUGCAUGGAAUCAGUGGAGUUACACUGUUAAACUAUAGCAGCAAAUCAGCCUCUUUCCUGUCCCCCUUUUAGAAAACAAAACACACCAUUGUGAGCUGUAAUGAGACCUUUGAGGAGUGGGUGGGAGAAAAUUAAAAAUCCUUAUUCCCAGAAUCAUUGAAAAAUUGAACUGUGAACAAUAGCAAAUCUAGAGUACUCUGCACUUUUUGCUGCUUUCUGUGGCAGCUACGAUUUAUUAUUAUUAUGAUGGAUGGUUCCAGGCCUUUCCAUUGCAGAGUUUUCUGAAUGACUUGCUUAAUAGGACAACACUGAUUUAUAUAGGUAAGGCUAUUGCUACUUAGCAGCUAAGCAAUGAAGUACACACAAUGAGGUGUUAAUUUCAAAGCUUUGAUGUGACCAAUUAAAUGUUAAUGCUAGGAAGCAAAUUAUCUACUUAAUCAAAUCUCACUGAGAGUUAAAUCAACAGCAGCUUCAUUGCUUUCGAUGCUGGCAUAUGUUCUGGCAUCAAUUUUAAUCUCAUUGCUUCAUCUCAGUUCUGAUUAGAACCAACAGUGCAAUGGGAUCCAUAGAUUUUAAACCCAGAAGGGACCACAAUCACCUCCUCUAACCUCCUGCAUAGCAAGACCAUAAAAUGGGACUAGUCAGAUGUUUCAGAAUGAGUAGGGAUGUGUGUAUGUUUCAAAGGUCAGGGUCUUGAACAGAACAGGUUCUUCCCUCCAGUCCAUUCCAUGCUUUGCAAUUCUUGGUCUCCUAAAACUCACAGCAGACAUGGAGCUGUGGACAAGAAAUUCUCCCUGGUGGCUAAAUAAAUGUUUAACCAGUUUGCAUGAAAGUUUUUUUUUUUUUUUUUUUUUUUUUUUUUUUUAAUUCUGACUUUGAAUUGUGUAUGAAAAUAAAAAAGACAGGUUGCCUGGGAUAUUUUCUUCUUCAUCUAAAAAAAAAAUCUAAGCAAGUUUUUAGUUUAGAAGUUAAAUUAAAGCAGUCUACCACUUUCUGAUUUAUGACCUAAAAUACUGAAUAUAAUCUCAUCCCAUAUAUUAGAGUAAAUAUUUCAUUUUUAGUAUUUGCAGAAGAUUUCUGGUGGUGCUGUCAUAGUACGCUUUAACUUAAUUAGAUCUAUAAAAUUACUGACAAUCUUUACUACAACUGUUGAUUUGAUUUUACUGUAAAUGUGUGAAAUGGAUAUUCAAACAGAAAAUUAACUUGAAGUAAACAGUUGACAGUGUAAUAAAACCAAAUGUCAAAUUUUCAAAUGUCACCCCCUUUCAGGCUCCUCUUGAAACAAAUGAAGAAUUUCCACUAACAUUUUUUUUACAAUAAAGACACUUGCUACUAACUUAUAAUUGCAACAUCUUAUCUUUAUUAUAGUGAUUUUUCUGAAACUGUUUCAGUAUUUCUUGUCUAGAUUCCUUUUUUAAGGAUCUGCAACUUAGUCAUCAGAACUUUGCUCUGUGUUGAGCGCAAGGACGUUGUGUGGUCCAACAAUUAGAGCAAAGGCUCUGGAAGCAGAAGGCCUGCGUUGGUUCUUCCACAUCAUGAAGUUGUUUGACUUUGCCCAUGUCAUCUGGUCUUUUUACCUUAGUCAGUAUUGUGAGAACGUUAGGUAAAUAUGCAAAAUUCCCUUAAAAUCCAGGGCUGCAUCUGAAUGUUCUUUGAUAACUAAGUUAUCACAAAACCGAGGCAUAUAGGAUACUUACUGUCUUUUUAAAAAAGCAGUACAAGAUUAGACCACUGUGGAAAACGCCACAGUGCAGCGGGCUGGACUAGAUGACCUUGCAAGGUCCCUUCCAGUCCUGCAUUUCUUUGCUAAUCAUUUGCAACAUGGAGCAAAACCAGUAGAGAGUGAGCUUGCUUCAGUGACAGAGCAGAGGAUUACUGUGGGUCUGCUGGAGGUACAAGUUACCAUCACAGUUCAUAAUUAAGAAAGCAACUAGCAAAUGUUUAGGGAAAUGUCCCACACAUAAGGAGUGAAAAUCCUGACCUCAUAGAUGUUAAUGGGAGUUUUUCCGUUGCAUUCUAUGGGACCCGGAUUCCCCCCCAGGACUUUUAGGGAAAGCCCACCAAAGGAAUAGCAACAUGAAAAACUGAAGGGAGGGAUAGUAUGUGGUUGUGAAUCCUCCCGUUAGUGGAAGGAAUCACUUCCCUCAUUAUCAACUGAAGUACAUACACCUUUUAAAAUACAAGAUUGGUGAAGAAAACUGAUAGAAAGUUCUAAGCCUACAACCCCGCACUAACAUUUAAUCACAAAAGGCGUGAAGGUUGGCAAAGUGGAGGGUUGGCGAAGUGACUUGAGAAAUUACAUCCACAGGCAAAUCCAAAUGAACCUCACACAUUCCUUCAAGAUGCAAUGCUGGGUCCAAAAAUGAUUAUUUAAAUAUCCCCUUCAGCAAAAAACCAGGAUUAAUCUACAAAAUGUCACUGCCCGUUCUUUUCAUCUGACACGGAGGAUGAGUUUUGAUACUAAACAAUAGGCAUUCAUACUAAUUUCAGAACUGGACUUUUAGAAGUUCUCUUAACAGCCUUUUUGGCAGAAUGACUGCAAUUUGUUUCCUACCCCAUGUCAUUUACAAAUAAAAAGUGACAACAAAGAGGUCAGUCAGCUAAUUAGCUGAAAGGAAAAACUGGCCUUUGAAAGAAAUGAAUUUGACAAUUAGCAAAUUCACAUGAGCACAAGCUAAUUCCUCUAAUAUAGAUUGAUACUGCUGCUUUGAAACCCUCAGAUAAAACUAAUGUUUCAAAGAAAGUCCUUUCUGGCAACUGUUAGGAUUUAAUAUUAGAUGCAGAACUUUCCAGCUCAUAAUGAACACAGUAUGCUCAUUCAGAGAUAAAGUUACAUGCCAAUAAUGCCUCCAUCAGCUUUAUUUAGCUUCACAGACUGCUCCACUCAAAUGAUCCUUACCUACCUUAUGUUAGAUAGACUACAUUAUAAGCGUGCUGCUAUUUGACCAUGACAGUUAGAUAAAGUCACGAAUACUUUCUGCGGGCAUAUUCCCCACCUCUGGCAUUUCAUGAAGAAUUUAACAUUCGCUAAGCCAGUUAACAUUACUACUUAUAUCUAAACCUGUACAAAUUAAGUCUCCAAUCCUGAAAAGAAUUUACUCACAUGCUUAAUUUUGCUGAUUGAGUAAGUCCACCAAAGUCAUUGAGAUUACUCAGUGUGUAACGUUAAGCAAAUGUAUAAGUGCUUGCAGGAUCAAUGCCUAUAAAAAUGAAAUCUUAACUGAGCAUCAACUGUAUUUAAUCACCAUUAGAGUUCAACGAACAGAAUCCAUCUCCAUGAUAUAUAUAACAAUAUAUAUAACAAUUAAAUGAAGCAGAAAUCUAUGAAAGGAAUUUCUAGUUAGGUCCAAACCACACAGUAACUUUUUACUCUACUUGUAACUGGUAAGGAGUAUGGUUGGCUAAAAGCAUGCUGUGUGUUUGUAGUAGGCAGUGUUAAUACACUUAGCACAAUGGGGUCCUGGUCCAUGAAGGGCUCCUAUGUAAUUAAUAGCUAAUGACUGCUUACUGCCUCUGCUAGAUAAUUAGUCUGGCAUGUGAUCUGGUUGCUGUCACCAUUUAGGCAAACUUAUUUUUGCCUGUGGCCUAAUCAGUAGCAUAGACUUGAGUUCAAUCAACAGUCCCACUGGAGUCUGGGAACCCAAAUGACCUUCAAAGUCCUCUGGCAUUUCAGGAAUAUGGUAACCUUGAUCCAAAAAAAUCAGUAGGACUAGUUUUAUUUGCAGUACUGUGACCCCCGAAUGUAGAUUUCCCUGUGCCAGAGUAUGCCCAGGCAGCAACAGUCCCGCAUUCUUGGGUAAUCUCUAAACUGCUAUGACUACUCUACUACCCAGAAUGAAGUUGCUGUCAUAGAGCUGGAUUUGUUCUGGCUGCUGCCUGUUCACGCAGGGUUGCUCUAUAUUUAAAAGGUAGGUUGACAUAACUACAGUAGUCCAGGGUGUGAAAAAGCCAAUACAGCUAAACCCCAGUGUAGACGCAGCCAUGUUGUUGGAAGAGUGCUUCGGUGACAGAUACUUUUGUUUAGGAAAGUGAUAUUCCUACACUGAUGGAGAAAUCCCUUUUGGUGGGCUAGGCUGGGUGUACACUACAGGGUGGUAGCGAUGUCAACCUCCUUAGUGUGGAGACAGCCACACCCCCCAUACCCACACCGCCAAACACAUACGGUCCAGACAGCCAUGACAUCAUCCUGCCAGUGGCCAGAGUUUGACCUGGCCAAGAAUUUGCCCUUAUUGUUCAAUUUGACAUUAUAAAUGGACAAAAGCCCUUCAUUUGUCCACCUGGUUUACACACAUCACCUCACUCAGAAUGUAGCUACCCCUUUCUGCCCUGCAUUGCUUCUGGGCUGUCCCACCAAAAUCCAUAAGCUAGUAAUCACUGCAAUCUGGAGGGCCAGGAAGGGCUCCAUGAUGGAAAAUAGUCACUUUUUGAGAUAGAGGAUUAUGGGAUUUGUGAAAGAAAGCCUAGGCAUAAAGGGUGCGGGGGGAUGGUUCUUAAAGAUAGCAUAGUUCAUAGGCUAUCCAGAACAUAUCCCUAAAAAAGUUAUAAGAAUGCUAGGUUCGGGAUGAGGGGGGCCAAAUAGGCUGUGAUGGUAGAAAAGCUGUGUUUGGACAAAACCCCCAACAUAUUAACCUGUAACUAUAAGCUGAACAUGCCUCUAGCUGGUUGCAAAAUCAUAGUGUAGC